AGGGCGUCCAGUGUGCCUCAGAUAGUGUCGGAGAGAACCUAUCGCGUUUUUGUUCCUUCAGUUUCAUAAUUGCCAAACAUGAAGCUCCUGGUAGCGACGGCGGUGGCGGCGGCGGUGCUGGGGCUCGUUCGGUCCCAGUGCUUUUCGGCGCGGGACGAUUUCUCCGUCAAGGUCAACACCGACCUCUCGGGCAUCACCGACUUCGGCUUCGAGCUCUACAGGCAGCUGGCGCCCCCGGAGUCCCCCGAGAACUUCUUCUUCUCGCCCUACAGCAUCUGGACGGCCUUCACCCUCGCCUACUUCGGCGCCGGGGGGGAGACGGCGGCGCAGCUCCAGAGGGCCUUGAGGGUCGACGACCAGGCAGCCACGCUCGGGCUUUGGCGAGCGCUCGAGGCCAUGUACCAACGGCGCCAGGGUAUCAACACGUUCACCGUCGCCAACCGAGCGUUUAUUCACAACAAUCUUCCUAUCCGACCGUGCAUAUCCGAAUUACUCAAGAGAGAAGUUGAAAGAGUUAACUUCCUUGAGACCCUUCCCCUGGUCGCCCACGUCAACAACUUCGCCUCCGCUUCAACCAAGGGCAGGAUCACCGAGAUUGUGUCUCCAGACGACUUGAGAAACGCCCUGAUGGUGCUCGUUAACGCCGCCUACUUCAAGGGCACGUGGCAGUACUUCUUCAGCGCCAAGGCCACCAGACCUAGGGAGUUCUACGUCACUCCCGGAGUCCCCAUCACGACCCCUAUGAUGAAACAGACCGCGUCCCUUAGAUAUGGCGAGUUCGACCACAUCGCCGCAAGGGUCCUGGAACUGCCCUACGCCGACGGUGCCAUGUCCAUGGUCCUCUUGCUUCCGAUGGAGGAAGGGACUCAGGGCUUCGCUAACAUGGUGUCAAAGCUGAACCAAAACAACCUGCGAGCCGUGACCCUCGAGAAGAACUUGGUCAAGAAGAAUGUCGAUCUGCUUUUGCCGAAAUUCAAGCUUGAGCAAACCGUGUCCGAGAGUCUGAUCCCGGCUCUUCAGAACUUGGGGAUCAGGGAUAUCUUUGACAGCAGGAAAGUGGACUUGACAGGUUUUGGACCUCUGCGAAACAUCACCGUCGACAAGGUCAUACACAAGGCCUUCGUGGAGGUGAACGAAGAGGGCACAGAGGCUGCUGCAGUAACGGCGGCCAUCCUCGUGUUCAAGUCCGCUUCGAGCAGUCGAGACGACCUGCCUGUUCAAUUCUACUGCAACCGCCCCUUCGUGUUCCUAAUCCAGGACAACGAGACCCAAAACAUCCUCUUCAUGGGAGCCUUUAAGAGACCGCAAGGAAGUGCUCAGUGAGGAAGAGAUCCUUUGGGCGGCAACUGGCCGGUUUACGGAAGUAAUUGCUGUUCAAACGAUGCGAAGUUUGGGAAAUGAAAGAAAAUGGGAGGAGUAGGACAAGAAUCCAUUUUAGAAGAAAACGGAGUCGGUGCCUGGACUGGCGUGCACACUAUCUCGUUGGAAGGUUAUUUCGUGUCAUUUUAUGCAUUAUUUUAGUCUUUGUAGUUUUAUUCAUUUUCACUAUUCCUUCUUUUCAUUUUAUUUGUGUUCACGUUUCUCAGGACAUGUCUCUGUUUCGUAUUUAUUGUAUUUUUGUUGUAUUGAAAAAUAUUGUUAAUGAAAUCAUCACCAAAGUA